AUGGGCCUCCUCCUUUCUCUACCGCUCGUUGGCGGGCUUGGAACAAUAGCAUCCUCCUGUGUUGCUGGAGCCGCGUUCUGCUUUACCUCUCAUGCAGCCUCCAUGUUCUGCAAGUCAUGCAACUGCAACUCUUCGAUAGCAACUCGCGUUGGAUUUGCGAUCAUAUUCUGUCUGAACUCCAUGCUCGCAUGGCUCAUGAGGACAGAGUCUGCCAUAAAGCAGAUCGAGAAGUGGAGUUAUGACUACAUCAAGAUGGAUUGCGAAGCAGACAAAUGUUACGGCGUCCUUGCAGUUCAUCGUAUAUGCUUCGCGUUGACGCUCUUACAUACCAUUCUCAGUCUAGCUUUGAUCGGCAUUCGGGAUACAAAGGAUAAACGAGCUGCAGUUCAAAACGGAUGGUGGGGACCGAAAGUAUUGUUGUGGCUCAUCCUAAUUGUUGUUUCCUUCUUCAUCCCGAACGGUUUCUUCAUGUUCUGGGGAAACUAUAUUACUCUUAUUGGCGCCACAGUUUUCAUCCUCUUGGGACUCGUUCUGUUGGUCGACUUCGCUCAUUCGUGGUCCGAAACCUGUUUGGAGAACUGGGAAAACUCCAAUUCCAGCCUUUGGCAGUGGAUCCUCAUUGGGUCCACUGCGGCCAUGUACAUCUUCACCAUCGUUCUCACCGGUCUUCUGUAUGGUUUCUUUGCCGGUUCAGGUUGCACCUUGAACAAAUUUUUCAUCUCCUUCAAUCUCAUUCUGUGCAUUAUUAUCACCAUCAUGUGCGUUCACCCCCUUGUACAAGAAUACAAUCCGAAGUCCGGACUCGCGCAAUCUGGCAUGGUGGCAGCAUAUUGCACCUACCUCAUCGUUUCUGCACUUACGAAUCGCACCCACCUAAAUUCCUCAUGCAACCCGCUGAGAAAUGGAAGCACCUCUGCGGCAGGAACCAGGACUACAACUGUCGUGCUCGGCGCAAUCUUUACCUUCCUUGCGAUUGCCUACUCCACGACAAGAGCCGCAACUCUGAGUCGUGCUUUAGUGGGUAAGAAGAAAGCUGGAGUCCAGCUGGAGGGAGUGGAUAACUUGUCCGGCCACGCGGAGCUUGGCGUUGUCAAUACCCAACCCGGUCGGACUGAAUCUCCUCGUUAUCAGGCUCUGUUAGCUGCUGUGGAGGCCGGUGCUAUUCCGGCUUCUGCUCUCAAUGAGGAAGAAGAAGAGGAAGAAGAGGAGAUAGUUGGCGAAGCCAGAGAUGACGAAAGGUUUGGGACAAGAUACAAUUAUUCUUGGUUCCACGUCAUCUUCGCCAUGGGUGCCAUGUAUGUGGCAGCGCUCUUGACUGAUGCCAAUGUCGUCUCGAAGGAACCGAUUGAAGGUCCCGCAGAUUCGAGCAACAACGUUUACAUUGGGCAAUCUGAAGUUGCAAUGUGGAUGCGGGUUGUAUCAAGUUGGAUAUGUAUGCUUUUGUACAUGUGGAGUCUCCUUGCCCCAGUGAUCAUGCCGGAUAGGUUUGACGAUUAA